AGGUCAAUUAUACCAUGAGGCUGGGUCUUUGCUACCAUUCCCAGAUGAUGAUCAUAAAUUUUUGCAAAUAUAUUUCAUUGAUGGUGAGAAUCGUGAAUUAAAUAAGCGCUGUGCAAUUUCGACGAAUACGAGAAGAUCAAUCGUGAAUGAAUUGCAAACAUUUUUUCAUCAACACAAUGAUUUGGUGAAAUUGUUUAAAGUGGCACUCGAACGGAUGCCCUCCGAUGGCCACAAAAUCAUAAUAAAAGCCGAUAAAACACCAAUUGGGGAGCACACCAGACGAUUCAAUGCACCAACGAUUGAUGAAGUAGCCAUUGUUGUGGUUGGCGAACAGUUUCAGUCACGAGGCAUUGUUUUGUAUCGUAGAAAUGAGAAUUUACAACGUAUUUCAGAACUCCAUCGCUGUUAUGAUGCAUUGCAAUACCCCAUUUUGUUUUGGAGAGGGGACGAUGGCUAUCACAUCAACAUACCAAUGAUAAAUCCAACAACUGGUCAAGAAUCAACAGAAAAAGUCAGUGCGAUGAAUUUUUAUUCGUACCGAUUGAUGAUUCGCCCUCAGAAACAAAUUUUAUUUUGCGAUGCAAUCAACUUUCGCAUCAAUAUAUCAUCGAUAUGUACGCCAAAAUUGAAAGUGAGCGAUUAA